GAUGCCCUGAUCGCCAUAUCCCGCGUAGACAGCAAACUCGCGACGCUCGGCGUCGACCAGACGAGCCUCGACACCCUUACAUUGUGACCCACGUGAAACGGAAAACGGUUCGAUUCCCGGAGGGAGCCGCGACACGUCGCCGAUUCUUCAGCAACAGGCUUAAAAAGAGGCAAAGUGCAGAAUGAGGAGCAGGACAAGUGUUCUGACAUCGAGCUUGGCUUUCCUCUAUUUCGUCGGGAUCGUGGGAAGGUCAGCCUUAGCUAUGGAGGAAACACCAGCCUCGUCUAUGAAUCUUCAACAUUAUAACAAUAUGUUGAGUCCUAUGGCGUUCGACGAUACCGUGCCUGAAAAGAGAGCAUACACUUAUGUUUCCGAAUAUAAGAGGCUACCCGUCUACAAUUUUGGUAUUGGAAAGCGUUGGAUCGAUACCAAUGACAACAAGAGAGGGCGCGACUACUCCUUCGGCCUUGGGAAACGAAGACAAUACAGUUUCGGCCUGGGGAAACGAAACGACAACACCGACUACCCGCUCAGACUGAACCUGGAUUACCUUCCCGUCGACAAUCCCGCGUUCCAUUCCCAAGAGAACACGGACGACUUUCUCGAGGAGAAACGGGGAAGGCAGCCUUACAGCUUCGGAUUAGGGAAGAGGGCGGUGCAUUACAGUGGCGGACAACCGCUAGGCUCGAAGAGACCGAACGACAUGCUCAGUCAGAGAUAUCAUUUCGGGCUUGGGAAGAGGAUGUCCGAGGACGAGGAGGAGUCGUCGCAGUAGGGCCUCUUCGAUAUCGGUCGACGACUCGUCUCGAUGGUGUGUCGCCGACGUAAACGGCAAUGUAGCUCCAAUUCGAUGUCGCUGAGUUUUAUUGUCAGACGAAGUAUAUCGAUUACGCAACAAUAAAGACACAUUUUGAAGUUUCAA